UUUAUCUUUUCCCUUCGUCGUAAAUUCAAGCCGUUCAAGAAAGCAAUGGGUGACAGUUUUGUGGUAGUCUUUAAGGCCGGUGGUUACGCGGUGUAUGUUCUAUUUCUUUUGCUUGGUGCAUUUUUGUUGAAUCAACUAGACAGGUACGCUUUAGCUGUGUCAUCGCAGCCCAUGGCUCACGACAUUAAGUUUGGAGAUAAAGGAUGCCUGCCUUACAACUCUACCUUUUCAAAGGAUUACAAAAACUUUUGUGUCGAAAGCACGAAAAACAGGAAUGAGCCGGAGAAAAACCAAACCGAGUAAGUACUGACCAAUAUCAUUAUUUUUUUAUUAUUUUACAGACCGGCGAUUUUUGUUGCGUGAAACUAUAGCUAGUUUCCGGCUAGUGCCGGCUUAAACUGGUAAUUUCUUACUUCGACUUCGGAGUCACUUUCUGAGCCAAAAUCAAAUACAAUCAUUUUGACUUUUCUGUACAUAUUUUUUUUCAGAACAUUUUCUACGAUUAGCUUCAUAAAUAGCAUCAGCUAAAACUCGUAAAAAAUUACCAGACGCUGUCAAGCAUCUGUCAGCAACAAUAAUAAAAAAUCCUAACAUGAUUCCGAGGCUUUCUGGUCAUUUUUCUUUAUUUGGUUUGCAAAAUCAUGCAGUUUUGUCCCUACAGCCCAGAGGGGGGGGGGGGGUACGCCGGAUUUCAAGUGACAGGGAUGAUCGAAUGGGCCAAAAAUAAGAACCCAAAAGAAUCCCUAGGGUUUCAAACAAAUCCCAAAAAAAUCGCUGGACCAAAAUUUAACCACCAAAAAAUUCCAUGCCGGAUUUCAGAGCCAUAAAAAUUUCCAGAGAAACUACGCGGUCGGGAUACACGGGAACUAUCACGAAUAUUUAGACUGUUUUGAAUACCCCAACCUGAAGCUUAAAUCAAGCUACCCAAAAAAUGCUUGUCAAAAUUUUCCUAUCCAAAAAAUUCCUUCGAUCAUCCCUGUCACUUGAAAUCCGGAGCACCCCCCGGGCCCUAUAGCCUCAGAGUCAUGUUAGAAUUUUAAUAUAUCGAAGGUAGGCAUUAGACUGACGUCAUUAUUCAGGUUAUUGCUGUCAUAAUUUUGGUCUAUUUGAUCUGCUAGUGGACAGCACGCCGUUAAUACUAACUUUUAUUACAAUACUAACCGUUUUUGAUUACGUGAAAUAUUCCCACGUUAUUGUUAAUCACUUCCACCUGACGGUGGGAGGUCUAGGCACUUGAUUAAACUGUACUAAUAUUUUUAUCUUUAUUUUAAAAUAAUAUGUUUAGUUACUGACCUCUCUCUAAGCCCUCAAUUCCAUCCGAUCCAGUAACGAAAUUGUUAUCCAAACACGCUACCCAGUAGAAUGGGCUUCGCGCCUGAUUUUAGUCCAUAUUUAGGCUCUUGACUUCCUGUGUGUUACGUCAUUCUAGUUGAUGAAAGUAGAGUAGAAUCUGCCAUGAAAGAACGGUGGCUGGAACUUCCCAGGGACGAAAACCAGAAGGCUCUAUUUGAUUCAGACGCCGAACUUUUCAUGUACUCUCCUGGGCUCGUUUGAACUGGGCCUUACAGGCCAUCUGCACGAUGACGUCAUUUUACUACCUCUACUACUACUACUACCACUACCACUACCACUACCACUAUCACUACCACUACCACUACCACUACCACUACAACUACCACUACCACUACCACUACCACCACUAUCACUACCACUACCACUACCACUACCACUAUCACUAUCACUACCACUACCACUACCACUACCACUACCACUAUCACUAUCACUACCACUACCACUACAACUACCACUACCACUACCACCACUAUCACUACCACUACCACUACCACUACCACUACCACUACCACUACCACUACAACUACCACUACCACUACCACUACCACCACUAUCACUACCACUACCACUACCACUACUACUACCACUACUAACAGAAUCCGUCCCUACGGACCCGACGGGUAGGAGAGAGAAGCUGGGAACAAGGUUGGGUUUUGCUUUCUUGUGCAAAUUUGGGCUUUUGUUAUUUAAACCUCAAAUUUAAAAGUAUGAAAGAAAAAAUGAAAUGAAUUCUGGUCUUAGUAGUAAAAACGACGUCAUCGUACAAAUGGCCUAUUUACUAGGACAAAGUAUAGCUCUACAAACCGAAAUAUUGUCUUUUAAUUACUUACUUUUAGCUUAUUUCAAUUGCUUCAAUUUAUAUAUGCUUAAUACUCAUCAAUUUUAUUAUGCUUGUUAUAUUUUCUCCUAAAGUAAAACGUUUAGCUUAAAAUAUCUACAUAUAUACCAAAAAAUUGAUAUCUAUUUUCUUUAAUUUUUAGAUGUGAAAGAAAAAAAUUUGAAAAUUCCUCCCAACAUCUGUGUGUUUGGGAUUAUGAUGGGACUGGAAGUCAGUAUCAGAUUCUUGCUGGUCCAGUUUUUAUUUUGGUAUUUAGCAUAAGCGGAAUUCCUCUUGGGUUUUGUGCAGGUGUUUAUCAUCGCAGAAAUCUCAUAGUCUUCUGUCUUUUACUCUGGAGUGCGAUGACGCUGCUCACUGGCUUUGCCACCAAAUAUUGGCACUUGGUUUUAACAAGAUUUAUUCUUGGAAUAGGGUAAGAAAAGCUUUCCUUUGCUUUAUCUUGUUACUUAGAUAUACCUUUGUGAUGUCCUCUUUGAAUGUGCAGGAAUUUUAAUAGGAUUCAACUGCAUUUUAAGUUUAGUUCGUGGAUUUAUUGUCAUGUUCUCUUAUCAUAUUGAGUAGUAAGAGCAUUUCUCUGCAAAUAAGUAGUUUCUUGGCGAAUAGUUAUGACCGUUGAAGGUCAGAACCUCCAUUUGACUCUUCGGUAACUUAUUUCGUUGAUUUACUGAGGACGCACCCUUAUCAAUCGGGCGUCGGCCUGUGUCGCGGAGGUGACUUUUUUUUGUCAUUCGUGCAUAAUUUCAUUUAGCUUCUUCCUGUCACAUUGCCCAUAAUACUGUACACCUCUGUCCUUCCGCUCCAAAAAUUUCUGUACACAUUAUAUCCAAUUUCUUUUUGUUUUUGGGGAGUUGGAAUGGCAAGGCGUAUAUAUUGUGGGAAUCAAGAGAGAAUUAGAUCAUUCUCUCUUGUACUAAAUAAUAUUCCUUUUCAACACUAGUCUCUUACGAGCCCUUUUUUAGCGUCUCUUGCCCAGACAAAUACGGUUGCGUGGGAGACUAGCGCAAUAAAAAACUAGCCCUUGAGAUUACUGUUAAUUUCCUACAUACAAUAAGUGGCUGGCUGGUAUAUUUUUAAUAUUUUCUUCUUUUUUUGCACAUUUUAAAUGAAAAUCUUGAUGUAAUAAAGUUUCUGUGCCUAAAAGGUUAUCAGGGGCUGGUCUUUUCAGCCCUGUCGCCGUGUACGUUUUAACUUUAUUUACGUCACUGACGUCAUAACUUUACGAGGCAGCUUUAAAAAUGACUUUUUUCAGGGAGGCCGGCUGUACCCCAUUUGCAACAAGUUUGAUCGCUGACUAUUUUCCAGAGGUGAGAACUAAAAGCCUAUCUUGAUAGACAUUUUAAUCUUGACACACAUACAAUCAUUCGCUUUACAGGCUUUAGGCAUAGAGUUUCUGGAAUUUUUUACUUUUCGUUCAAGUGCAAGAGAUGAUUGACAUUUUAUGCUCAAAAUGAUGCUGAAAAUCCACAACAACACUUUUGCUGGCUUUUUCCUAUUUUCCAAGAUGGCGGAUUCUGGAAAGAAUCCAUUUAGAGUAAGAGCCAGAAAAGAACACUACGUUUUGUACUUACGUUAAUAAGGAAAAUCCGUAUACCUUAUCCUGCCUGCGAGCAAUUAGUCCCCCUUACUUCACACAGGAGUUGCAUAACCCCAGCGUCAUCCGCCCGUCAAUCUUGUAGUCUCAUCAGGCUUUUUAAUCAGUGCGUUCAUGCAGUCAUAGAUGCAUUUCUUCAAAUUUAACUUUUCUUUUAUAUAGACGUUACGAGGAUCUGCUCUUGGUGUGUAUAAUUGGGGAAUAUAUAUCGGUUACAGCAUGGCAUAUGCAUUUGGUAACUUUAUAACACAGGCUGAUAUUGAUGGUAAAGGAUGGAGGUGGGUGUUUUGGAUUGCCGCCAUGCCUGGGUUUGUCCUUGGAAUCCUCAUGCUUUUUACGUUAAAAGAACCAGCAAGAAGUGAGAGAGGAGAUAUACAAAAACAGGUGUGUCACUUAGAUAAUUGCCAUUUUAAAAAUAUUCUUGCAGUUUAGUAUAGAUUAUGUACGGACCAGAAUUCAGCAAGAGGCAUGGGUUCUAGCCUCGCCUGCAGGUGAUUUUAGGGGAGUCGUAGAUUUCCUCCAUCUUCAGGGAGGGAGGAAAUACGGAUGGGAUCGUUUGCGUAGACAAGCCUUUCUUAUGAUUGGUUAAUGGUUGCCUUAAACACCAUCGACCAAUCAUAACUACCGUUUGCCCACCCAAGCGAACCCAGAAAUCGUUGCGCCGAUAGCUUGUACCCAUUCCUCCUAUUGUCUCUAUGGCCAGUACCUCACGUGACAGCCAUAAAUAGCUGAGACAGCUGUCUCGUGCCUGUUAGGUCUCCCCAGUUGUGAAGCCGUAGGUCAAAAGCAGGAACCAAAAGUCUAGUGUAAGUUGCCCUUUACCGGCUAGAAGAGUGCAAAGCUUUCCUUUAAUUUAGCGCCAGACCAAGGAAUAUUUUUUUGUAAAGCAGUGGUGCCUCCUGCUGAAUUUUGCUGAAGAAACAUGUGCAGCUGAUCUCCUAAGCCAUUGCUACAAGUCUCGUGUAUGGUGAUGUUCAUUUCUUGUUUACUUCUUUUGAAGAAAGUUGCCAGCACCUACAUCUCCAGUCGACCAGAGCUACUGAAGCUGAAAUUAAUAUUACUCUGCGAGACAUUUAUGCGCCCUUCAUUGCUGAUCUUGUUUCUUGCUGGAUCCAUAAGGAAUGCUGGUGGUUAUGUCUGGGCCUAUAACACUCAGCCUUACUUUAACAAAUACUACCCAAAUACCAAUGUUGGAGAAUACAUGAGCUGGAUUCCUCUAGUGGGUGGCAGCCUGGGCGUGGUUCUUGGAGGUUUUAUCUCAGACCGAAUUAUAAAGAACCGAGGAUCUUAUGCAAGAGUCUGGGUACUGGUAUUUAGCCAGGUAAGAAGUGUUUGAAAUAUAAUCUAAUUUGUCAAGUUGCAACUUCUCUAACACGUUCAAAAAGGUUAUUAAAGCUGGAACGUUUUAAAUUCCUUCAUUGUUAUCAUUAUUAUUCAAAACUGCAUGUAUGUAUCGUACGUUUAGUUUUAGCCGUUAUCGGCUCUUUUUCAGCAUCCUUGCUAUCCCUGUACGUGCGGAAGGAUUGAUCACGAGACAAACAUCUUGUUACGUGGGUCUCUCACUGUUAGCCUGUGCCAGGCUCUCAGAUAGUAUAGUGCGGACGUAUUAAAACGAGCAAAGCGAAAAUAAGACGCGCGCGACUUGGGAAAGGGGGCGGUGGCGCCCUGUCUGUCCCCAGCCCUCGCGCGUUUUUCGCAUUUCUUUUUACUGAACGACUUUUCAACACUAUCUCGGAGCCUGGAACAGGCUACUCACUGUGGAAGUGGUUAACUAAAGCUGCAAAUACGGUGGUCAGAUCGACAAUAAAAAUCUUCAGGCAUCGUGAUCAGUUACGACUGUUCCAAGCAAACAACACCAUAUGCAUGCGGAGUAGCUCCAAGCCUAAUGGUGGGCGUGGUCUAUUAAAAUUCUCUGCCGCAUAAUAGUAGAACAGCAACUGACCUUAAAAUGUUGAAGUCUUCUGACGAAACGCCAUUUCAGGCGCUGGUGUACUCAAUACGCCUUUUUGUUUUUCUGGUGUUCUAAUUUUACCUGUUUGUUUUAUGAUUUUUAACUAACUGGGGAUCUGUUUAAACUCGUUUUGUGUGUUAAAAUAGAUGUUCCUAUAAAGGAAAAAAUGUAUUAACAAAAUUGGUAUCGGAAAGGAGGGAAAUCCCAAAAAUAAGAUAGCGCGCAAACGGAGCACUUAAUAAGACCCUCUAGGAGGGUUGCGUUCCAGCACUUGCCAUCCACCAGCACCAAUACCUAUGUUCAGCUUAGCUUCGAGUAUUAAUUAACCCGAUUACCCAUCGAUUCUCUCCUGAUGCGUGCGGCCGCCCGUAUCAAGAAUUAGCGGUCGAAUUUCGUUCUAGCCCAACAAAUAAAGAAUUUGUAAUAAAGUUGAGUAAGACCUGUGUACAAGACUGAGGUCGGGUUAGUUGUAACUAAAUUGUUAUAAUUUGUUUAUUUUCCCCCAGGUGAUCGCUGCCCCGUUUGCUGCUGGAGCUCUGUUUCUAAAACCUCCAUAUGCUUUUAUCAGUCUUAUACCAUCCAACAUCAUUGGUGAAAUGUGGAUAGGCGUGACAUUAACUGUGGUAGUUGAACUUGUUCCAAACACCAUUCGUUCACCUGCAAUCGCUGGUUACCUAUUUAUAAUCUCUAUUAUCGGCGGUAACAUGCCAUUGCUAGUUCCUCCACUGAAGAGAUCAACUAGUCUGCGUACAGCGUUAUAUAUCCUCUUUCCUGGUUUGUACUUGCUUAGUUCAGUGCUGUUCUUGUUCACUGUGUUUUCACUGAAGUGGGAUCUACGGCGUGCACAAGAGGAAGAGGAUGAGAUACGGCCAUUAUUACCCGAGAGUGCUGCUUUUAAACGUCAAGGGAAACCGUGA